AUGGCCAGCCCCAAGAGGUUUCCGACGCUCGUGCAGCUGGAGCAACGGGAAGGAACGCUAUUCCAGGUGCUCGGUAACCUCACCAAGCGGCCCUACUGGUUCCACAAUGAGUAUCUGAAGAAUCCGAAGGCAGUUCACCUCGAGGCAUGGCUGGUGGAAGCAAUCUUCGGCCCGGGAGGAGAGCACAUUCCGCACGUCGAGUGUGUUUCGCAGACACUGCUUCAUGUUCAUCAGUGGGACUCAGAAGACGAGGCUGAAAUCUUGAUAUUUGGUCGGCCUUCUUACCAGAAGGAUGUGUCCAAGAUGAUCAUGAACUUGGCUUACUAUCACCGCCAACUCCGGGCGCAAAGUACGGGACCUGGAAUAGUGAGGAAUCCUGGACAGACCUUGGGCUCAGUGAGGGACGCUGCGCAGGAGACCGGGACCCAGAACUCCCCCGACUCAGUCCGGGAGGCGGCGACCCAGAGCUCCCCCGACUCAGCCCGGGAGGCGGCGACCCAGCGGUCCCCCGACGCAGCCCGGGAGGCGGCGACCCAGCGGUCCCCCGACGCACUCCGGGAGGCGGCGACCCAGCGGUCCCCCGACGCACUCCGGGAGGCGGCGACCCAGCGGUCCCCCGACGCACUCCGGGAGGCGGCGACCCAGAGCUCUCCUGACGCUACCGUGGGCCCCGUUCCCAGGUUAUGA